AAAAUUCACAUUAAUAUACACUCAACUGGGGCAGGGGAAAAGAGAAGGGAAGAAAUAAAAAAGAAACUAAUCUCUACCAGCUCUUACCAGUUUAUUGCCUAGACGUCUGAAGGGAAAGGUAGUGAUAAAGAAGAGUUGAAUUGUUAUGUUAAAAAGCAGUCGGAAGGUAGGACGUUUGUCAAUACGAGAAGGCUGUUUUGUGUCGUUGUCUAACCUGUGUGGGACUUAAAAGGCUGGGGAGUGAUGAGUGUCAAAUUCUCGACAGUACAUCGAUCCAUUUAAAAGAAUUUUGGAUCCCAAUCUCAAUGCUGCAGUAUGAGAAGAUGAUUCCUCCUGUGCCCACCACCGAUGCAUUCUGAAACACUUUUGAUAUGAUGGCAUGUUGAGGGGCGUGGCUGGGCGUGGAGGCGGAGCCAGCCAGGCCUGAAGCACAGAGCGGGGGAGGGGAGGAGGACGGUUGGGGCCGAGAGAGACAUGGGCCAGUGCGUCACCAAGUGCAAGAACCCAUCGUCCUCGCUAGGCAGCAAGAGUGGAGACAAGGAUCCGGGGAGCAAGUCCCAUCACAAGAAGGGCGGAGGCGGAGGCUGUAAGGAGGCGGAGCCGGGCCCGGUGUGCGGGAAGUCCACUGGGGACCUGCUGGCCAACGGGACCAAGACCAUGGAGGUGAUCGCGGAGACGCCGGUGAUCCCGGCGCUUUCGGGAGACCCCCUCAAGGACGACCUGUCGGCCAACGGCGAGGACUUCUCGUUGCUGCGCAUCGAGGAGCUCUUCAGCCACUACAAGGACGAGCAGGACGACGCCAUUUUGGAAGAGGGCAUGGAGCGCUUCUGUAACGACCUGUGCGUGGACCCCGCUGAGUUCCGUGUGCUGCUACUGGCCUGGAAGUUCCAGGCUGCCACCAUGUGUAAGUUUACAAGGAAGGAGUUUGUGGAGGGCUGCAAAGCCAUCAAGGCGGACAGCCUGGAGGGCAUCUGCGCUCGGUUCCCCUGCAUGCUGCUGGAGGCCCAGGCGGAAGACAAGUUCAAGGACCUGUACCGCUUCACCUUCCAGUUCGGGCUGGACUCGGAGGAGGGCCAGCGGUCGCUGCACAGGGACAUCGCCAUCGCGCUGUGGCGCCUGGUCUUCACCCAGGACAUGCCCCCAAUCCUGGAGUGCUGGCUGGACUUCCUGACGGAGAACCCGCCCGGGGUGAAGGGCAUCUCGCGGGACACGUGGAACAUGUUCCUCAAUUUCACUCAGGUGAUCGGGCCCGACCUCAGCAACUACAGCGAGGACGAGGCCUGGCCCAGCCUCUUCGACACCUUCGUGGAGUGGGAGGUGGAGCGCAGGAAAAAGUGGGAGGAGGAGAGGAGGUGUACCUGGUCCCCCAGCACAGACACUGUAGACGACGGGGGGGUCACCAAACAAGAGUGACCACUGACUAAUCGGCUGGGGGCAGGGUGUAAAUGGAGGAACACAAGAAGUAGAUUCUCCAUCUGUGAAACAUUGGGUGAAAAUCAAUAUUGUUAUUGUUAGCAUUAUUAUGAUUGGGGUUUUGUGUUUUUCUUUCAUUUUUUAAAAUAAUGGGUUGGGAUGGAUGCGUGUGUGUGUUUGUGUGCGUGCACAUGUGUGCACAAUCAUGUGUGUGUGUGCGUGUGCGUGUGUGUAAUCUCUCCAGCACCCUGUCCUAUUUGCCUUGUUUUAUGAAAGGGCUCUGAAAUACUAUAUUGUUUUUAUUUAAAUUAUUGGGUUUUUAAAAGUUUAAUUCUGGCAAUCAGACAUGCAUUUGCUUUUUAAACAAUAAAUAAUCCAACCCCCCACCAAUCCCCCUACAAAUUUCACUUUGUCCACAGGCUCCUUUCGCAUAUCCCUGCCGCUAGUCACUGAAGCUGCAGGGAACCGGAUUGCCUCAUUUCUCCAUAUCCACACGCAUCCUCCUCUUUCUCUCUCUCUUCGCAUGAUUUCAUUUGCCACUUUCAUGUGAAUUAAGUUCAAGUUUUAGUUUCAUGGAUUGCAGUAGUGCCACAACAAAAUAAUUUUUAACAGGAGCUUUUAACUGGGAAUAGUGCUAUUUGCAUUAAAAGCAAAUUUCAUUUCCAUAAUUACUGCUUAAUAUACAAUGCAGUGAUUCAUGACAGUGUUAUUCAUUCAGUGCUGUUCCUUGAAUAACUGAAAGUGGACCAUUAAAUAAUUUUAUUUAUGGAUGGAUAUUUAUUUUGCUACUGUCUGUUGUUGUUACAGCUUGACAGACUGUUGAGAUAUUUGCUGCAUUGAUACACCAGGGAUACACAGAGAUCACCCUUAGUUUACUUCCCACUACACCAAUAGCCAAUGGCCUCUUAUGUUAAACCAACAAAAUAACAGGGGAAUGAUGCUGUCAAAGUGGACCCUAUAAUAUGGGAAAAGGACUUACAACUACAAGUGUCCAAUUCUCAUUCCACCCACGUCCUUAACGACCUGAUUGAAUCUGUUUGUAAUUUAAUUGGGUAGAUGUGCCCCUUGCUGUUCAGAGGGUGAGAUGUAAGAGUUAUGGUAAAUGUGCUGUAUUCUAAUCCUCUGGUCUCUGCCAGAGUUCUGUAUCUCAGGCUUGCAGGCAGAAUGUGCUCCGACUAAACUGUUGUUCCCACCUGCACGGCUCCCAACUGCACCUGAGCUCCAAGCGUGGAUGCUUCUACCUUCUCCACCCGCACCAGAGUAUGGCCUAAAUAAGAGGGGACUUGGUCUGGGUGUUUUGCCCACCCAGGGUUAGAUGUAGCCAAAGUGUUCUGGGUGAAAGUAGGCUUGAAAAUGAUUAGCUAGCUUGCUGUAAGCCUUUCAAGAUGACCCUACAGAACUUGUUGCUGGUAGUCAAAUUUAUCUAAAGAAUAAUGUUGUCCCCCGUAAAUGCCUUUGUUUUCCGAGUAAAUAUGUCACUCCUGUUCAUCCUUGAUUUAAUAAACACAAAAUGUGUUUUAGAAAGUCUUCCCAUUUAUUUAAUUGAAGUUCAACACUGCGGGACGCAAUGCUGCUGCUUGGCUUGAAUUUUUCUUGAACAUUUGUUAUGUGACACUUCUUUGAAUUUUAUCUGAACAUGGAUAUUUAGUUGAAGUUUUUACUGUAUUCAUUGAAGAGAUUUAACAGGUCGGUAGGUCAAAAUGUGUUCAGUUGAAGACAAGAAAAUAGCGCUUACAAAGUUGACUUUAUAAAUGGUUGGUAUAGCUCGGCAUCAAAUGACCUCUGAGAAUAGUCCUAGGAGUCCAGAGCUUUGCUACAAAUAAUGUUAAUGUAUCCAUGUUUUAUCUUUGUAUAGAUAAUACAAAUGUAUGCAUUGUAUAUUGUCCCAUAGGCAAGGGCCAAGCAAAAUACAAUUACCAUACUGGUGUUAAUAAUGUACUAUCAGCUCUGACCUCUAAUGGCAUGUCGUGGAACUGCAAACAUACUUCCGAAACAGGAACAAAAAUACAAAAAAGUACAGAAAAACCUUCUUUGUUUCUAAUGCACAUGUUAUUUCGUUUUAAAUUCACCAGCAAAAUUUUAUUAUGCAAAGUCUCUCGCCUCUUUGGUCUUAAAUAAAAUAGUUUUGUCUGAAGAGGAGAA